AGUUUCUUCCCUUCUUCAUCCACGAAGCCGCCUCAAUAUCCAGCAAGCACUUGGACACCCAAUCGGUCCGUCGCGCCUAGAUGCUUUGAAAACAGCUGCACAAGCAUAUGAGAAAUGGUGUGUCGUCUUAGGUGGGCGGAUAUCAGAGCUUGAAUCUGGAAAAUAGUAACCGCCAAAAGUAUUUGUGCUAUUGGGGGUCCUCUUUCUUACAUUGGUUUUCACAAGCACCAAGAGCUCUCAAUUCACAAAUUCCUCUUCAAACUGUUCCUAUCAUAGCUGACAUCAGAACCUCGGCUCUGAAUAUCCCCGGCUCAAGAGCUCUCAACAAUGAUUCGCCUAGGGCUGAAUCCGAUCAUUUUUGUCAUCAAUAACGAGGGUUACACCAUUGAAAGAUUAAUCCACGGCAUAUAUGAGGAACUUGUCAAUGUUUUCGGUGCUAAGGAGGGAGAAUCUAGAACUUACCAAGUCAAGGCGAAGGAGCAAACCAAGAAGCUGUUCGAUGACAAGGAGUUCAACUUUGCGAAUGAUCUUCAAUUUGUCGAGCUCUAUGCCAAAGCAGGAUAUGCGAAGAGCGUUGAUGUUGAUCGCGGUUGCGAGUGCGAGGAUCAAUGCCAAACAAUGAUAAUUGGAAUCGAAGUUUGGAGUAUGUGGAGGCUCCUAGAUUAG